CUAAACUAAACUGAUCAAUUUAUCCAACCUCUACGUUCUACACCUCCAACAAAGAUUACUCCAGUGCAGACUUUUACCGCCGACGAAGAUCACUCCGGCGCUGGACCCUACCUCUGACGAAGACACUCCGCCGACGAAGAACCACUCCUCCGGCGAAAGAUCUGAGGUUUGAGAAGGAGUUCGAUGAAGGACCACUCCUCCGAUGAAAGUCUGGAUUGCUAUGAGAAAACCAAGAAAUUUAAUACUUUGUUUACUGCACAGGCAUAAGAGGAGAGGUAUAAAAACAAAGGAGCAUAUAUUGUUUCUGGAACCUCCUGAUUUUUAUACUCCACAGUUCCAUAGUUUUGAAGCAAUUACCCCAAGACCAAAGGCUACAAGACAUGCAGAGAUGGAAGCUAUUGAUAAUCUACUUGAGCAGUUGCAGAAAAAUGGACUUUCUAGGCCAGAAGUUGCUGAAAAUUUUUCAAAAUGCUAUCUAUAUGUUACGUGUGAACCAUGCAUAAUGUGUGCAGCGGCGUUAUCAACUAUUGGUAUAAAGGAAGUGUAUUAUGGCUGUGCAAAUGAUAAAUUUGGGGGUUGUGGAUCAGUACUAUCAUUGCACUCUAGUAGUUCUGAGCUGUCUGUUAGGUUUGAUUUUAACUUCUUUCCAAAUUUUCACUCUUGA